AAAAAAAAAACAGAAACGAUUUAUUAUUAUCUUCUCUCCUCUGCUCUCUUGUCCUCCAAGAAAGUGCAUUAGGGUUUUUGUGAUCAUGGCGGACUCUGUUUUGGCGGAGGUUAACGUUCGUCCUCUUAAGAUUGCGAGGUACCAUGGAGGUUUCGAAGGAGCAUCGAAAUCAAUCAACAAAAAGCGCGACCUCAAGAGCAGAAAAUUGGAAGAGGAUGAAUACGUGCGACAGUACCUGCAGUUUUACUAUCAGUUCCAGAAAUCCGAGGGUUUUGCGGUUGAUUGGGAUCGAUUUGAUUACUCCUUCUUCACUAAAUCGUUGGAUAAUCCACCACGAGGUUUUUGCAAUAGAAGAAGCGCUGCCGAGAUUGUCCGUGAGGUGACACUCCUUGCCAUAGAGAGACAAAACGAAGCUAAGGGAACAAAACUUGUGUUGGCGGAGCACAUUCAGGCGAAUUAUCAGUUUGUUAGCGGUAUUUUGUGUUGGUUGUCAUUCUGGGCUGUCGAUAUGAAUUCAUCAUCCACCCCUGAGUCCAAAAUCUAUCAAGCUAAAAUCUGGCAACGCGGGAAAGAGCAUAAACUUCUCCUUUUCAGGCUCAAGCCCACCGACGAAGAGAUUGCUUCUGUUGAAGUGGUGCCUCCUCCUCCCAUGCUAUGUGAAGACUCUGACGAAGAAGCUGUAGUGUUUUCCCGAGCUGGUCCUGAAGAUGAUCCUCGACUCCCCUUUGUUUUUCAUCGAACUGGAGCUGAUCCCCGACUCCCCUUUGGCUUCGUUCCGUGAGAGAAAAAAAAAUGUGGAUGUAUCUCGUUUACAUUAAUGUUUCCUAAUUUAGUUGUCAAAUCUGGGCAGAUUAAUACUUUAUUGCUUUUAUAUUUAAAAUGAAGAUCUUGAAUAUGAUAUCAGUGAUUACCCCAAA